AUGUCAAUUUCCAAAGAGUCCUUUCAUGUUAAAAUGACCAUUUGUCAUUCACAUAAAAUUUUUUUUUUUGAAAAUCGCUUCAUUUUAUUAGCUUCCAAAACGAUGAAGAAGAUGAAAACGAAAAAAGGAUUUGACUCAGGAGAGAUCAGAAGAUGUAUGUUUGCAACAUUUACUCAGAAAAUUCAUUUAAUGUGCUGCUCUGCAAUGGGCGACGAAUAA